GCGAAAUCGGAGAAGAAGCUCCACCUCAUUUGCUCAUCGGAGCGAACAGAGAGAGAGAGAGAGAGAGAUGGAGGAGGAGGAGGAGAAGGAGGCCAGCAUGGUGGGUCUGGACCAGCUCCCGUCGGCUCUGCUGGCGACGAUCAUGAUGAAGCUGGACGUGUCGUCCAUCUGCUCCGCCGGGUCCACAUGCAAGACCUUCCGCCACUGCGCUUCUCACGUCCUCUCCUUCAUCCCCAGCAUCCACCUCCUCGAGAUCGCGCCUUCCAUCGAAUUGCUGCGGCCUCUGUUGCCGCCGAAUCCUCUGAUGAGGAGCUUGAAGGUGGACUGCGAUCGGCUCAACGAUUCGGCCAUAAGGUUGUUGGCUAGGCCGUCUUUGCAUGAGCUUCAUCUCCACAACUGCGGGGAUUUCAGCGGGAAGCUGCUUUCCGAGAUUGGGUCGCAAUGCGGGGACCUAAAGUUUCUUUACUUGGGUUCUGUUGCUGAGAAUAGAGGGCGAGCACUUCAUGUUUCCGAUCUUGAGGAGUUAUUGAGUGGUUGCACUCAGUUAGAAGCACUAUUCCUCAUGUUUGAUGUGUCGAUAUUUAUACGUCAUAAUUUUGCUCGAGUCUGGGCAUUAGCUUCGACAAAACUCACUUCUCUUGAAAUCGGCUACAUCUCGUCAGUGAUGAUCACCGAGCUUCUGAACCCUAAUUUGGAGCAGACACACAUUCAACCAUCGGUGCUUCCUAAAAUUCAGAAGUUAAGCCUUUCAGUGGACUAUAUCACUGAUGCUAUGGUCGGAACUAUUUUUAGGGGUCUUCUGUCCCUUACCCAUUUGGAUCUUCGAGAUGCACCGAUUAUUGAACCGAGACUUACAUUUGACCUCACUAACUCUGGUCUUCAACAGAUUAAUCAGAAUGGGAAACUGAGGCAUCUUUCACUAGUCAGGAGCCAGGAGUAUCUUGUUACUUACUUCAAACGAGUUAAUGAUCUUGGGAUCCUACUAAUGGCCGAUAGAUGUGCAAACAUGGAAAGUAUAUAUCUUGGUGGCUUUUGUCGUGUCACUGAUACAGGUUUCAGAGAGAUCUUGCAUUCAUGCUCGAGCUUAUACAAGCUGAGGGUUGCUCAUGGCACUUUAUUAACAAAUCUGUUGUUUCAUGACAUCCGUGCGACUUCCCUCUCCUUGACCCAUGUUAGCUUGAGAUGGUGCAAUCUUAUGACAAAUCUUGGUGUUAAAAAUUUGGUGUCAAAUGUGGAUUUAAGAGUUCUCGAUCUCAGGGAUUGUAAAAGUCUUGGAGAUGAAGCGCUCCGAGCCAUUGGAACUCUUUCUAAGUUGAAAAUUUUGCAGUUGGAUGGUUCUGAUAUUACCGAUAUGGGGUUGUCGUACUUGAGAUGGAGAGUGAUCACUUCGCUCACAUCACUGUCCCUGAGAGGCUGCAAGAGACUUACAGACAAAGGCAUAUCACUUUUGUUCGAGGGCUCCUCUAAGUAUGAGCUGCAAGAAUUGGACCUGUCAAACAUCCCUAGCAUUUCUGAUGACGGAAUCUUGUCAUUAGCAAGAGCUCGCCUUCCAAUUCUUGAACUCCGCUUGAGACAGUGCCCCCUCAUCGGUGACACUUCGAUAAUGGCAUUGGCCUCUAUGCAGGCUCGUGAAGAAGGGUGGCAAGGGAGUAGGCUGAGGUUGUUGGAUCUGCACAAUUGUGGUGGCAUUACCCAACUGUCGUUUAGGUGGUUGAAGCGACCUUAUUUCCCGAGGUUGAGGUGGUUAGGACUGACGGGAAGUGUCAAUAGGGAUAUGGUAGAUGCUUUGGCCCGGAGUAGGCCUUUCUUGCAUGUGGCGUGUCACGGGGAGGAGCUGGGGGCGGACCCAUCUAACCGAUUGGAUGAUUCAUACAUGCGUGAGUAUGACGACAUCGAUGAGUUUGAACAGUGGCUGCUAGGAGGAGAGGACAGCGGUGAUGACGAUGAUGACAAUGACGAUGUUGAUGACGAAGAUGUCGCGAUGGAGGUGGCUGAAAGUGAUGCAGAGAUGGAACAGUGACUCUCAGGAUCUUCUUGUUGUAUUAUAGGUAUUGUUUCUCAGUUAUCCUCUGUUGUUCAGUGAACACUGAACGUACAUAUUGGAUCUUGUUUAUUGCAAACUCCAGGUAGCGGCGUGCCCUUUUUCACUCUCUUUCCACCACCAGUUGAUGACUAGUUGCGUAUGUACUGAAAAUUGUAUGCACUCUAAUGCUGAACUUGUUUUUGUUUUGUC